CGCUCUAAUUUUUUGCUUGUUCCGAUUUAAUACGAACCUGACCUGACCGAAAGGUUUAUGCGAGUGCAACGAGUGUAACACUCAAAACAAGGGAGUAUACAGUAUACGUAAAGGCGAACGUACUCGGCGUACAAUGGCGUACAGGUGUUGUUUACUCCAGUCUCCAGUUCGCUCGUCAAUGGGUAUUCAUUAUUAACUUACCUGUAGGCCGGGGAAAUGAGCCAAGAGAUGAGCGAAUUCGGGGACUCAAGGAGCAUUGUCCGUAACUCAUCAGUAGACCAACACUUGUAUUUGACCAGACGAAUGUAACAUUUCCUCGUGUACCGCGUCGUACGUUGACUCAUACAUAUCUGCAUCGUGCUGCACAUUCCGAACGUGUAACUCAUAACGCUAUGUCACGGAACGGAGGCCGGGACUAAGCCCGUCCAAUAUAAAAAGCGAUAAAAAUUGUCCGCGAAAUCACGAUGAUAAUCGCAUCCCUCUUGUUCUACUGUGGUGUUUGUUUCGUAUGCGCUCAGAAGUAUGAGGGCUGUUUUCGGAAUUCUAAUCACGGACCUUCCCCGGCCUUGGCGUAUGCCAGCACGCCCGAUAACUGCAUCAAAAAAUGCCGUUCUCAGUAUUACAUGUUUGCGGCGCUAAUGAACGGGCAACAAUGCUACUGCAUCAGCAAAUUCGGUCAGGACGGUCCAUCAAAUAGUUGUACCGUUCCCUGCGCCUCUGAUCCUGACAACUAUUGCGGCAGCUCUGAAGCUAUGAGCGUUUACGCUACUGGUCAGCAAGGUCCAAGUCCACCGAGGCGAGUAUGGGUAAUUCAGGAAAAGAAAGAUGCUCUCAAAAUAACGUGGCUACCGCCAGACAUACCCAACGGGAACGUUAUGUUUUAUACCAUCCGUGCCAUGGUCGAAGAGACACACUCAAGCAAUAUUUUGCCACCUAUCGAGAGUCAGAUUCAAGGGGGUGCGUCAAACACGACAACUCUGAGAGGUCUUCAGCCUGGGACUAAAUACAACAUAUCUGUCGCCGCCAGUAAUACACAGGGCUCUAGUGAUCCGGCAUACAUUACAGGGUGGACCUUGAUAGGUCCUCCUGACAAACCAGUCAUGCCUGAGAUAUUGGAGCGUGGAGAUGGUACUGUUACCGUUAAGCUUACCAAAGGUCACAGUGAGUACGGCCCGGUCAGCGCGUACCAGGUUGUCAUUGCGCAGGCUGGCACCAUACCCCCGGUCGAUUCCCACGAAGCGUACUUGAAUUACGAGAGUGCGACGCAACAAGGUUUAAAUUACUAUGUUACCGCGCAAUUUGAUCCAUUGGACUUUCACAGAUACAAAAGAUUCACCGUGGGCGAUGGAAAAAAUAUUGGCGGCUAUUACAACGUUCCGCUGAAGGGUUAUUACGUUUCCGCGCAAAUUGGCUUGGUGGUAAUUUCGCGGGUAGGAUUGGAUAUACAACGUUCCUAUUCCGAUAUGGCCAAUAACGUGUUCAGCCACAACGAGACAACAGACACGAAUCGAAUGGACUCGACUGUUCUCGUGCUUUGCAUAGCGAUCACGUUGCUGACUAUACUACUCGCUGCUUCGAUACUAGUGUACUUUGUACUACGACGGCGACACGAGAGAUUCCAUAUGCGAAAGCUACCGGAGCAGCAGGAGCUCACACUGCAGGGUCCGGUAUACGAGGUAGAUAACAUGGGCUACAUUCCUGAAGACAUUCCCGAAAGAGUGAAUCAUUACCAAGAGCUAAAGAAGAAAGUUUGGAGUAUACCACGAAAUGCCUUGUCUAUUGACAGUCAUAUUGUGCGCAGAGGACGAUUUGGUAGCGUGCACACCGGAACCGUUCUGAAGGAUGACGAAUCCUGUUCAGUAACAGUUCACACCAUAGUCGACGGCGCCUUGAAAGUAUCUGACAAAAGACAUAUGCUGAGAGAAUUAGACGUGUGCAUCCGAGCAGGCUCCAUGAAGUAUCUCGCGGGCCUCGUGGGAACCUGUGAGACCAUCGAUAUGUUGUACGUCGUAUUGGAGUUGCCAUCGCAGAUAUUGAAGCAUCGACUGUUAGCCGCACGAUCGGGAGAUGUUUUCCCGGUAGAUCGAAUUCUGUCCAUUUCAUCUUCGAUCGCGGUUGCCUUGCAAUAUCUAGCAAGUCACAAGAUCGUCCAUAGUCAUCUCUGCGCGCGAAGCGUGGGACUGUUGAGCGAUUGGACACCGAAACUUAUGGGUCAUGGUAUCGCUAAGUACGCUUUGGAGGACAUAAAGUAUGCAAGAUGGACAGCCAUUGAAUGCUUCGACAAUCAAAAAAAGCAUCAGGCAGGCGUGAUAUGGGCUUUUGGCGUACUUCUCUGGGAGAUGUUUAGCAUGGGUGGUACACCAUACUCAAGUACACCGUGCCUGACGCUUGACAGCGAGGUAGAGGAUGCAGUUACGCGUGGUGUUCGGUUACCGCAAUUGUUGGAUAUCACAGAUCCGAUUUACGAAGUCAUGUCGUCCUGUUGGCGAGUCGAUCCCGAAGAACGGCCAACAUUCGAUGAACUUACACGAUUGGAUACCUUGAGUAUUUGCCCUAUUACUGCAAUUACGGAACCCUACUUACCAGAAUUGGAGUUGAAUUAACAUUAUUUGCGCAUCUUCAGGUACGUCUGCAUUUAUUUAGUAACUUAUCAAACUUCAAGCUGUAAAUAUUUCAUUGUGUUCACGAGAAUCUCGUAGAUUUUAUCGUUACCAAUGUUAAGUGACAUAUCUCUGCAUUUUAUCUCUGACAUUCUAAACUUAAAUUUUACUAUAAGAAAUGUACUGUCGUAAUGUAAGUAAUGUAAGAUAAAUAUUACAAAAGCAUUCAUACUAAUUCCGUCCAUGUUUAGUGAAAAAUAAAUGAAAUUAUGUAACUAAUAAAGUUAAAAUUAUAAAUACUGAUAGGGUAAGCAUAAUCAGCAUCAAAUAUUAUAGAAAAUUUUAUUUUUUCAACGUUUCUAUAUCAUACAUUAUAUUUGUUUGUAUGUCAAUCUCUUUGAUUGACAUGAGAUUUUAAUUAACAGCAAUGUCAAGGCAGAAGAAAUGCUUUAUUACUUGUUACGAAAAUUAUAAAUAUAUAUAUAUAUAUAUUUUUUUAUGACAUCUUUUAGUUUCUACAAUGUACGAUUUCAUGUAUGAUUUAAGUUUGUGUCGUGCUUAUUUGAUGCUGUCAUUUCAAAAGUACAAACAUAUUAUUCGAUAUCAAAUUAAUUCGCGCGUAACGUAUAAAUAAAUAUAUAUACGAGCAUACAUUUCUUUAAAUGAACAAUCAGCCAAAUUACCGCGACGAAUAACAUUCGUAAAACUAAAGGUGCAAUCUUUUGGAGAUUAUCAUUAUUUUAAAAUGUCAUUGUUGGUUCUUUUAUUAUUUAUCUCGAAAUUUUUAUAUAUGAUUUAUGCCAUAUGAAUCGUACUUUAAGUUACAAUAUCGAUUAUGCAUAAUCUUUAAUUUGCCAAUUGUUACAUAUGUUUCUGUUGUAUAUGUUCUGUCUUUUUUUUUAUAGAAGUAUAUACCUUGUAUUAUGCAAAAAUUUUUUUAUAUAUAAAUAAAACAUUAUAUAUCCUUAUAACGUUUAUGUAUUAAGACGGAAAUAUAAAUUUUAUACAUACUUUUCUCCUCUUAUGUUACUUUUACAUUUCUUAUUUAAAAAAAUAAUAUAUAUUUAGCAAAGAA